UUCGAGUGAUGUUGCAGGGGCCGCUGCUGGCCUUGCUACAGAAACUGUAGAUGUUGAAGAACAUCUCGACAUGUCAGUGAAUUUGAAGGCUGACAGGCACACUAUUCUCACAACCCAGUUAGCCUUCCACAGCGUACAUUUUAUUCCAAAGAAAAAAAAAUAAAGCUGUACCAUAUGCAUUGGAGAAAACGGUCCCAAGUGACAUAAAGAUACCAGAAUAUAGAAUGAUCCUGCUGUUCUCCUUCUCCAGCUAAUUCAGCUUUCUUUUCCCAUAAAGGGCUUCUUCGUUCAUGGCUUGGGCCAGGCACUCAUAGGAUGGACCAUCGACUCUCCUGCAGGCAUUGAAGUGACUUCACGAACACUGGCUGUGAGCCAAGGUCCUCACACAGGUGGCACAUCUUCUCAGAGAAAAAGGUUUAGUGAGACAUGGAGCUUGAAAGAAUCAUUCGAGACACACUGACACGCUUCAUCCAGUCCCACAUCCCCGCAGCAGAUCUCAGUGGGAUGGAUGAUGUUUUCUUCUCCUAUAUCACGGGUGUCCUGGAAGAGCUGGGCUCACCAGAGUCCUCUGAGGAGAUUUUUGACAUGGACACCUUUGUGGAAAUGAUGGAGGCAUAUAUCCCUGGAUUUGCAGAAAUCCACAGCGGGGAUGUUUGUGAAAUGAUGUUCUCCCUCUCAGAAAGGCUUGGCGAAGCUCGCAACAAAGAAAAACCUGGCCAAAAGGCUGUGGAAAGCAGGAAUGAAGCGCCCUCUGAAGACCUCACCAAGGGCCAGGAGCCUGGAGCUGGAGCCUGCAACGGGGAAAGGCUGUGCACUGUAACAGACGGAGCCAGGGCCCAGGAAAGCGAUGACUUGAAGGAUGGGUUGGAGCUGCUACUGGAGAUGUUCCCAGCCUGUACCGUGAGCCAGGCAGAGAAGGCUCUUGCCAUGGCCUUGGGGAACUUGGAGGAGGCAGUGCAGUUAAUUGUGGAGGAGAAGGUGGAAAUUGGCCCAGCAGGUGUGAGCGUGAAGGAACUGGCACGGCCCCGCAGAACACCCAACCACGAGGAACUAAAACAGGUUAUCCUGCAGAAAUACAUGAUGGUGGAUAGUGCAGAUGAUCAGAAAACACAUCGGCCAGCUCCACCUAAAGAGGUAAGCACAGCAGUCCCAGCUCACCAGCAGUUUGAAUGUCCUUUGUUACAAGGUUUAAAAAAAUCAGGGUGCAAGUCCAAAAAGCAAGAGGGCAGCCAAAGGCAGGACCAUUCACAGAACCUCUUAUUCAAAGAGGGAAGAUUAGCUUAGCUAAGGUGCUGCAGGGUCUGUCAGUUCCUACCAUUCCUGACUACCAUGGCUCUUGCUCCCCCUCAUCAGAUAACAUCCUUUCCAAUUGUGGCCAAGAUUCCCAGCACAGAUGAUGCUAAAGCAGCACACCCACCAACCUACCUCCCAGAGUGAGCUCUGCUUCUGCUUGCCCCUUCCCUUUCUCAAGCAGUGUGGCUGUCCAUCCACUUGGUGUUAAUGUCUUUCCUCUCCAGGCUCCCAAGAAGUUGAUCCGCUAUAUUGAUAACCAGGUGGUAAGUACAAAAGGAGAGAGAUACAAAGACAUCAAGAAGCCUGAGAGUGAAGAGAUGAAAAGAACCUACAUCAGCCUAAAACCAGCCAGGAAAUACAAGUUCCACUGACAGCCAGGUUCUCCUGCUCUUCAGCCUUCCACCUCCCUGGCCAGGCAUGGCAGGAUGGACUGUGGUGCUAGGAAUGAAGGACUCCUCCACCUGCGGCUAACUUGAACUAACCUGGGAGCCAGGACACUGUUUUCAGCUUCCUCAGCUAACCUGGUUGACAAGGAGGAGAUUUCUCUCCUUGUGUAGCUAUCCCUCUGCCCCCAGGGGCACACUGCGGUGGCUCUCCGGGGCCUGGGCAUUCUCUGCUAUUCCUUGCAUGGGACAUUUUUAGAUCUGAGAUGUGGCUUGUGCUUUUGCAGCAACCUUUUUAACAAGUCUGUGUGCACUGUUGCUCUGAGUGCCAGUAUUAAUAAAGAUGAUGUGAGUUGGUGUGUAGUUC